AUGAAUAUAUCAAAAGAGUUUGCGUCGUGGUUCUCUCCAUCAUAUAUCAAGUUGGCAACCGCUCCACGGGUCGGCGAUAGAGCCCCAUCUGACCCAAAGUUGGUGUUUCCCACUGAAAAUAAAAAGCCAACUGUCGUAGCUUGCCUCCGUCACUGCGGAUGUCCAUUCUCAGAGGCAACCUUCCUUGCGAUGCGUACCGCAGCCACCCAGCACCCCAAUAUCAGCUUCAUCGCCAUAUCUCAUAGUGACCAGCAAUCAACCGAGAAAUGGCUCGCUGAUCUUAAAGGUCCAGGUUCAGUGACCGUCGUCGUCGAUGCAGAGCGUUCAAUUUACGCGAAAUGGGGUUUAGGUGUGGUCUCAUGGGGUCAUGUCAUCAGUCCAGCAGCGCUAGUGAAUGCCUGGAAGCUUGGGAAGGAGCAGGGGAUUUGGAAUAGGCCUACAGAGAGUGGAAGUAGGUGGCAAUCCGGUGGUUACUGGGCUGUUGAUCAAGAGGGGUAUGUACGGUGGGGAUAUCCUGCAGCCAGAGCAGAUGAUGUGUUGAACGUUGAUGAGGCCGUGAAGACAUUACGAAGGCCUCAUGAGAGGCUCUAA